UGUGGGAGGUGAUGAUUUUUUUUCAUCUACUAUUGGGGAUACCCGUUAUGACCGUCUUAUCCAGACAUGGGAGUGCUCGCAAUUAAUUGUAGUCAUUAUAUUUCUACUAUAAUAACAAUAUUCUGCCCUCACUUUGGAUGCAAGUGCAAAGGUAUUUCAAAACUAGUUGGUCCAGUAACUAAGAAAAUGGAUUCCCAAAGUUUACGCUGUCAAAUCAGUUGAAUUGUGCUUCAUGCCAGGAACUGCUCGUCUUUGUUGAUACGUUUUUACGACUGUACAUUACAGAAGUCUGUUAUCAUGUUUCAGCCUGACAAACAUAAUUUAUUACAAAGCUCACAGAAAUUCAUUGAGCAAUUAAAUCAAGUUAGAAAUAAAGAAAAUGCAUGAAUAAUUUAGCACAUGAAGCGUGUAGGUGUUUCAGAUCUUUCAUACAUUUAAUACGUUUGUUUGGUCCCAGUGUGCUUCCCACUUCACUUUUCAGAGUGUGUACAGCUACACGGGUAGACACAAUAACAGGCAUGCCUGUGGAGUAAAAGGAUUACAAUUUAUCAAAUUACCAAAAUAAGUUAAACUAGAAAGCUUUACUUAGUAGAGCACCCAUUUCUCCCAGAUGUGUCUGAAAAGACCAAUGCUUUAAUGUUCGAUUGAAUGAAUACAACCCUCAUUUGGCCAACCCCCUUUCUAGACGGCAAGUUUAUCAGUUUCUCACGAGCGCGUCUCCGACAACAGAUCCGCUCUCAUUUUAAUCUCUGCAGUUGUCUCCCCCAGCUCUGUACGUGUCUCAGCUCCGAUUCUCGGGCGCCACCGUAAACUUGAAGUGCUUAUAAACAAGCGGCUAUUUACUCAGGCACUUAGUGGGAAGUCAUUGGGGAGAACACACUUCAUACAAACUUGAAAAAACUAAAUUAAUUGACAAUGGACUGACAUUUACAGAAUAAAAGAAAAGAUAUCUGCCGGCUGUUAUCGAUUGUGACAUCAGCUUUCCAAAAGUUAAGUGAACACUGUGUCAGGAGGAUUGAUUGUCAGCAAUGGAAUGAAUAUUUAUAACAAUGUUGUCAUUAGUGUAUUAGGACCUUAAAUUAAGUGUUGUGUUUUCGUGAGCUUAGAAAAAAGCCGUUUAUAUCUUGUGUCGUCUUCCACAGAGUCCGCCAUAUUGCCCCUUGUUUCUACCGUGGCUGAAAAUAGACAAACCAAACGCUGCCUAGAGGGUCUUUUGUAUUUUAUAGUAACCUAUUGUGACUUAGUGCUAAAUUAUAAAAGACAGGAGUAUUGACGAGCCCCGACGUUACUGGCGUUUUCUGUUUUUCAAACUGAACUCUUGAACAUUUUGGUGUCAUUUAUUAUCACACUGCAACGUGCAUCUCCUCUCCCCUCUCUUCUCUCUGUCGUGGCUGAGCUCCUCCAACUGCACACACACAAACCAAGAGCACACACACACGAGUGCAAACAGCGAACAGAAAUAAGAAGCUGCGGCGGGGACACAGAAGGGAACCAGUGGACCAGAUCUAUCACCUGGCGUCUCCAGCCUCUCCGCCCAACUACAUGUACAAUCCCAUCAAAACACUCAAGACGAACACCAUUGGCACUCUUAACAUGCUUGGUUUGGCCAAACGUGUCGGCGCCAGACUCCUCCUGGCUUCUACUUCUGAGGUUUAUGGAGAUCCAGAGGUGCACCCACAGAACGAGGAGUACUGGGGCCACGUGAAUCCGAUUGGUCCUCGUGCGUGCUACGAUGAGGGGAAACGUGUAGCAGAGACCAUGUGUUACGCCUACAUGAAGCAGGAAGGAGUCGAGGUGAGGGUGGCGAGAAUCUUCAACACGUUUGGCUCCCGAAUGCACAUGAACGAUGGACGGGUGGUCAGCAACUUCAUCCUGCAGGCGCUCCAGGGAGAACCUCUCACUGUGUAUGGCAGUGGUUCCCAAACAAGAGCAUUUCAAUAUGUCAGUGACCUGGUGAACGGCCUGGUGCUGCUCAUGAAGAGCAACAUCAGCAGUCCAGUCAAUCUGGGGAACCCAGAGGAACACACCAUAUUGGAGUUCGCCCAGCUCAUCAAAAGUCUCGUUAUGAGCCGAAGUCAGAUCCAGUUCCUCCCAGAGGCCCAGGACGACCCGCAGAGAAGAAGACCCGAUAUUCGAAAAGCCAAGUUGAUGCUCGGCUGGGAGCCGGUGGUGCCCCUGGAGGAGGGCUUGAACAAAACCAUCCAGUACUUCAGCAGGGAACUGGAGCACCAGGCCAACAACCAGUACAUCCCCAAACCCAAAGCCGCCCGCAUGAAGAAAGGAAGACCCCGACACAACUGAAGUCAGCGUUUCCACCGCUGACUCCCAAAACACAAGAGGAUGAGAAGACUCCUCCGAGGACCCUUGCAGAGCAACUCUCAGAAAUACACUGUUGAGUAGAGCCCUCUUGGACGUGGUGUCUUUUUAUUCUUUGAGAAUCGGAGACUACUCUCUCUUUCAGAAGUGUUGCGUUGGCGCUGCACUGCGGGGAAAAGGGCUUUCCAUCCAGAUGGAUGCACAUCUUCUAAAACAGAAAUAUGAGGCACGAAAUCUGAUACAGAGCCUUCCUUUAUCGAUCUUUUUUGUGUGCUUUUGUUAUUUAAAUUGCAGACAUGAGAAUCUUGAAAACAGCUCAAACUGUGCAUCAGUGCCGCGUGUUUAUUAUUUGCUCCGUUUCCUGGCGUUGGGUCUCCAGUGAUGCAGAGCGGCCUGACUUUGUUUUUCCACUGGAUGUUUACGCAGCGCGCUGCAGGACUGGGCCUCUGUCACAGCAGCAUUACAUGGUUAUCACAAUGUCAUUGUGCUCUAAUUUGUGAAAUCAGUCGGGAUGAACGUUAUCAAUUUCAGAUGCUAUUUUAAUAAAAUAUUUCCAAUAUA